AUGUUGACCACCGAGUUGUCCGAGGCUCAGGUCUCUGCCCUGCGGGCUAACAAGGACCGGCUUGCAAAGGACCUGCAUCAUAGUUGUCAGUGGGGUUCUGGGAUCCGCUGGGGAGAUGGAUCGUCAGACACCGGGAUGCAGCGUCUGGCUCUAUCCGAGGAUGACAAGAAAGUGCGAGACUGGUUUAUCGAAACAACAAAAGCCCUAGGAUGCACCGUCACAGUAGACCAGAUGGGCAACAUCUUCGCUGUCCGUCCCGGACGGAGAAAGGACGUUCCCGCGACCUUCAUCGGCAGCCAUCUCGACACGCAGCCAACAGGCGGCCGGUACGACGGCAUUCUAGGCGUCUUAUCUGGCGUUGAAACCCUCAAGGCGAUGAAUGAGAUGGGCUUGGAAACCGAAGGUGGUGUUGGCGUGGUCAACUGGACCAACGAAGAAGGCGCCCGCUUUCCAAUCAGCAUGAUCGCCUCCGGCGUAUGGGCAGAACACAUUCCUCUUGAAAAGGCCCACGGCCUGAAAGAGGUCCCCACGGUAGCCUCCCUCCCCACUGCCUCGUCCGCGCCCGAGACGAUGAAGUCCGCCCUGGAGAAAAUAAACUACCUCGGCACCACGCCGUGCUCCUACAAAGAGACCCCCAUGGCCGCCCACUUCGAGCUACACAUCGAACAAGGCCCGCACCUCGUCUCCUCCGGCCAGCGCGCCGGCGUCGUCACAGCGGUGCAAGCCUACCGCUGGUACCACGUGAACGUCAUCGGGCGAGACACCCACACAGGAACAACAGCCUUCGAGCACCGCGCCGACGCACUCUACGCCUUCUCGCGGAUGAUGGUGCGCGCGCGCGAAGUCGCCUCCUCGCACGGCUGUCUCGCCAGCGUCGGCAUCGUGGAGACCAAGCCUGGCAGCGUGAACACCGUCCCCGGCGAGGUAAGCUUCACGCUCGACAUCCGCGGGCCCAAAGACGAGCUCGUCGCGGUCGUCGAAGCCGCGCUGAAGAAAGACUUCGACGCCAUCGCCGCCGAGGAAGGCAGGGGCAUCGGCAAGCCGUGCCGCGUGGAGUGGACGCUCGAUUUCGACUCCCCCUUGGUGCAGUUCCACCCGGACUGUAUCGAUUGCGUGCAGCAGUCGGCUGAGGCGGUAGUCGCGGACGCGGGCUCGUCGGAGCCGAAGUCGCUUGUGCGUGAGAUGAUGAGUGGUGCGGGCCAUGAUAGCGUGUUUACCUCGAAGAGAGUCCCGACGAGUAUGAUCUUUGUGCCUUGUAAGGAUGGGCUCAGUCAUCAUCCGGAGGAGUUUUGCUCUGCGGAUGACUGUGCUACUGGGACGUCUAUUAUUUUGCAAGCGGUCGUCCGGUAUGACAGGAAGAGAUUCUCUGCGUGA